AGAAGAUAUUUUUCGACCCCUUCUCCACGUUCUUCUCUCUUUUAAAUACACCUGUCUUCUCUCCCAUCUCACUCACUCACUCAACCAUCCUCACUGUAAUUUUCUCUCUCUCGCGUAUUUGAUUCGUAAUGGCUGGCGGUAAGAUCAAGAUCGGAAUCAACGGAUUCGGAAGAAUCGGUCGUUUGGUAGCUAGAGUUGUUCUCCAGAGGGACGAUGUUGAGCUCGUUGCGGUUAACGAUCCCUUCAUCACCACUGAGUACAUGACCUACAUGUUCAAGUACGACAGUGUUCACGGUCAAUGGAAACACCAUGAGCUCAAGGUCAAGGAUGAGAAGACUCUUCUCUUCGGUGAGAAGCCGGUCACCGUCUUCGGCAUCAGGAACCCUGAGGAUAUCCCAUGGGCUGAGGCUGGAGCCGACUUCGUUGUUGAGUCUACUGGUGUUUUCACUGACAAGGACAAAGCUGCUGCUCACUUGAAGGGUGGUGCCAAGAAGGUUGUCAUCUCUGCCCCUAGCAAGGACGCGCCCAUGUUUGUCGUUGGUGUCAACGAGCACGAGUACAAGUCCGACCUUGACAUUGUCUCCAACGCUAGUUGCACCACUAACUGCCUUGCUCCCCUUGCCAAGGUUAUCAACGACAGGUUCGGCAUUGUUGAGGGUCUUAUGACCACCGUCCACUCCAUCACUGCUACUCAGAAGACUGUUGAUGGACCAUCAAUGAAGGACUGGAGAGGUGGAAGAGCUGCUUCAUUCAACAUCAUUCCCAGCAGCACCGGAGCUGCCAAGGCCGUCGGAAAGGUGCUUCCACAGCUCAACGGAAAGUUGACCGGAAUGUCCUUCCGUGUCCCCACCGUUGACGUCUCAGUUGUUGACCUCACGGUUAGACUCGAGAAAGCUGCAACCUACGACGAGAUCAAGAAGGCUAUCAAGGAGGAAUCAGAAGGCAAGCUAAAGGGAAUCCUUGGCUACACCGAGGAUGAUGUCGUCUCAACUGACUUCGUUGGUGACAGCAGGUCGAGCAUUUUCGAUGCCAAGGCUGGAAUCGCAUUGAGUGACAACUUCGUGAAGCUGGUGUCGUGGUAUGACAACGAAUGGGGUUACAGUACCCGUGUGGUCGACUUGAUCGUCCACAUGUCAAAGUGCUAAAUCUGAGAAGAUGCUCUGGAAUGAUGUUUUGGAGGAAAAAGUUUGAAUUUGUCGUUUUUGAAUAAAUAUUUCUUGGGUUUUAAAACUCUUGUUGGGUUUUUGCUAAUCUCUCUCACUUGAACUCUUGAGUCUGUAGCCCCGGUUGUUUUACUGAGAAGCCCUUUACGUUUGGCUUUUGAUAUAUUGAGUAUUUGAGUUAUGGUUUUAUCAAAUUUUAA